AUGAUGACUAAAUCCCCUCAAAACAUUGGUAUCAAAGGUAUCGAAGUGUACAUUCCAGGUCAAGCAGUCAAUCAAGCUGAAUUGGAAAAAUUUGAUGGCAUUCCUCAAGGUAAAUACACCAUUGGGUUAGGACAAACCAAUAUGGCAUUUGUUAAUGAUACUGAAGAUAUCUACUCCAUCAGUUUAACUGUAUUGUCCAACUUGUUAUCACAUUAUGCCAUCAACACUGACCACAUUGGUAGAUUGGAAGUUGGUACUGAAACAUUGUUGGAUAAAUCGAAAUCAGUUAAAUCAGUAUUGAUGCAAUUAUUUGGUGACAACUCCGAUAUCGAAGGUGUUGAUACUGUUAAUGCUUGUUAUGGAGGAACUUCGGCUGUCAUUAAUGCUGUAAACUGGAUUGAAAGUUCUAGUUGGGAUGGUCGAGAUGCCAUCGUUGUUGCGGGAGAUAUUGCUAUUUACGACAAGGGUGCAGCCAGACCUACUGGUGGUGUAGGUGCUGUUGCCUUAUGGAUUGGUCCUGAUGCUCCUAUUGUGUUUGAUUCAAUUAGAGGGUCAUUUAUGGAACAUGCUUACGAUUUCUACAAACCAGAUUUCACUAGUGAGUAUCCAACUGUUGAUGGACAUUUCUCAUUGAGUUGUUAUGUUAAAGCCAUCGACAAUUGUUACAAAAGCUAUUCACGUAAAGUCACUGGUGAUAAAGAUAAGACUGUUGGAUUGUAUGAUCAUUUUGAUUAUAACGCAUUUCAUGUUCCAACUUGUAAAUUAGUCACUAAAAGUUAUGCCAGGUUAUUAUACAAUGAUUACAAGUCUAGUCCUGAAAAAUUUACUGAUUUAAUUGAUGAACAAACAAGACAACAUAUCGAUGCAUUAUCCUAUGAAGCUUCAUUAACUGAUAAAAUCUUGGAAAAAACCUUUGUCACUUUGGCCAAAGAAGAAACUAAAGCUCGUGUUGAACCAGCAUUGAAAGUUCCAACAAAUACCGGUAACAUGUACACCGCGUCCGCUUGGGUUUCUUUAGCAUCGGUCAUUUACUAUGCCUCACAAAAUGGGGCCAAUCUUUCAAACAAGAGAAUCGGUGUUUUCUCCUAUGGAUCAGGUUUAGCAUCAACUUUAUUAUCAGUUGUUUUAAAAGGUGAUGUUUCUGAAAUUGUCAAGGUGUUGGAUUUCGAUUACAAGUUGGGCAAAGGACGUAAAAUUGAAUCACCACAAGCUUAUGUUGAUGCUAUUGGGCUUAGAGAAGAUGCUCAUUUACAAAAAGAUUUCAAACCAAAAGGUUCAAUUGAGAAUUUACCUGCUGGAACAUAUUAUUUAUUGGAAGUUGAUGACAAAUUUAGAAGAAAGUAUGGUGUCAAGAAGUAG